AUGAGCAGCCAGACCUCUGACCUGCAGACCUGUGAGCAGAGCUGCCUGCAGCUGGCCAGGCUCAGCCCAAGGACAGGGGAGAGGCCGCGGCCCCGCACAGCAGACAUCAAGCAGAACACCCGCAAAGCCACCACCUGGGAGGCCCCCAGGAAGCCCCUGGCCACCAAAGCUGCCGGCAAGAGGGCGCCGCCUACAGGAGGGAUCAAGAAGCCCCACGGCUACAGGCCUGGCACCCUGGCACUCUGCAAAAUCAGAAAGUACCAGAAGUCCACUCAGCUGCUCCUGCGCAAGCUGCACUUCCAGCGCCUGGUGCGCGAGAUCCCCCAGGCCAUCAGCCCGGACCUGCGCUGCCAGAGCGCAGCCACUAGCGCCCUGCAGGAGCCCAGCAAGGCCUACUUGGUGUGCCUCUUUGAAGACACCAAACUGUGUGCCAUCCAUGCCAGGCACGUGACAAUUAUGCCCAGAGACACGCAGCUGGCCCGCCGCCUCCAUGGACACCGCCUGCAGCCGGCCAGGCUCUGCCCGAGGAGAGGGGAGAGGCUAAGGCUCCUCAACAUGGCGCGCACCAAGCAGACCGCCCGCAAAGCCACCGCCUGGCAGGCCCCCAGGAAGCCACUGGCCACCAAAGCCGCCGGAAAAAGGGCGCUGCCUACAGGAGGGAUCAAGAAGCCUCACCGCUACAAGCCUGGCACCGUGGCCUUACGCGAAAUCAGAAAGUACCAGAAGUCCACUCAGCUGCUCUUGCGCAAGCUGCCCUUCCAGCGCCUGGUGCGCGAGAUCGCCCAGGCCAUCCGCCCGGACGUGCGCUUCCAGAGCGCGGCCAUUGGCGCCCUGCAGGAGGCCAGCGAGGCCUACCUGGUGCAACUCUUUGAAGACACCAACCUGUGUGCCAUCCAUGCCAGGCGCGUCACAAUUAUGCCCAGAGACAUGCAGCUGGCCCGCCGCCUCCGCGGAGAGGGUCCUUAA